AUGUGCAACUACACACGAGUCGAGUAUCGGUGUGGACACGUCCGUUACACUGUCAGAGCAUGGUAUUGGACGAGCAAUGCGGAUAUUGUCGCGCACCCACCAUUGUCCCGGAAUGGUAUAAGAAGCUUCGGUAAAGGGGUAAAGGGAGUUGGGCUAGACCAGGAAGAGAUGUGGCGCGAGGAGAAAGCCGGCACAGGCUACGAUUGCAGUACUGGGAGGUGGUUCAACGGAAGUGUGCGGAAUUUUCAAAGUUUCUUUGGCCAGGACAAGAUGGGGACUUUAUACACUUAUUACAAUGUCAAAGUAGUUCGCAAAAUGAGUUGCCUUCCUCUUGGGCGUACUCCAAGUGAGGCUCCUACAGGAUCGCCCAUCCGAAGCGACCAACAAGGAGAGAAUGAAUAUUAG